AUGCGCUCCCUCUCGAGCAGAAACAAGCCAUGGGAAGAUGAAGAGGGCAAUCACACCUGGCCCUCACUUAGGGUAAAGGUUGCCUCAGUCGUUCGUUCUGGUGCUUACGAGCUUUGCUUGGGAACGGUCAUUCUUUGCAACCUCCUCCUGGUCAUUGUUGAGACGGAUUUGGAUGCCCGGUGCUUUCCAGAAUACGCCAGCAUGCAACUCCAUGAGUGUCCACACGCCGGCAGCAAGAUCACUUGGAUUCGUUACGCGAACCUCUGCCUGCUCGUCAUCUACUCCAUCGAGGUCUUUGCACGGCUAUACGUCGAGCGGUGCCAACUGUUUUGCAACAAGUGGAACCUGCUUGACAUCGGCAUCGUGAUGACUGGCUGGGCAGAUUACGGCUUGGUGCAGAUCGUUAACAUGGGUUUUGCCAGAAUGUUCAGACUGAUCCGCCUCGCACGGGCUCUGCGGCUGCUGAUCAACGUCCCGGAGCUCUACCUUCUGAUCUCCGGCCUCUACUCGUCCUUCAAGGCGAUUGUCUUCGGAUCCUUCUUGCUCAUCGCAAUCAUCUCGUUGUGGGCGCUCAUCGCUGUUCAGGUCCUCCACCCCAUUACAUCGAUCCAGGAUGCUGCCCAGUGCGAGCGUUGCGGCAUCGGCUACAGCAGCGUGUUCCAGGCCUUUGUCACGAUCUUCCAGCAGAUCGUGGCGGGAGAUUCCUGGGGCACGAUCAGCCUGCCCUUGAUCGACGCAGCGCCGUGGACUCUCGCACUGCUCUUCCUCAUGUCAAUGACCGUCUCCAUGGGCGUCUUGAAUCUCAUUCUAGCUGUCAUUGUUGAGAGAGCAGCAGAAGCCCGAGAGAACGAUCGCGACAAGAAGCUUCAGAGCAAGUAUGAGGAGCGCUCGAAGAACAUCAAGGAGCUGGCCGGCAUCUGCGGCACCAUCGAUCGUGACCAAAAUGGCUUCAUCUCCUUCUCGGAGAUGGAGACGGCCUACGAUGAGGUGGCCCCUAUCCCCCUUGGGGGUUUCUUAUUCUUUGUUCAUAUAAAAAACCCAAGAGGGUAUUCAGCAUUUUAUUUUAGUUAA